UGUUUAUACGGCAACCGGCCCGUGUGGUAUGUUUAUUACUGAACUGACUUCCAAAACAGUUUCUGUAAAAUAAGAAAAUUUAUAAACUUCCUAAAAAUCAAAAAUAAAGGACAAUGUAUUUACCUUCGUUAAGUACAAUAUUGGGUGUGGCAUUUCUGGGCUAUAUUGGUCAUUCCAUGUGGACGGUGGCACAGCUGUUUACAAAAUUGAAAUGCACUGACGUGCCUUGUUAUUACUCGUUCCUUGCGACUAAACCACGUAUGCAGUUAGCCUUAUUUAUAUCUACUACACCUAAUCCAAUAUCGUCAGAAGUUACAAGUUUAGAAAGCCUCAGCAGUUUUGAUUAUUGGCAUGAAUUCAAUAGAAAAUACGAAAUAAAAUUGCCAGCUGCAACACGUCGUAAUGGAAGUUUGUAUAUGCAAGUAGUACUAGCGGCCGAAGGCCAACCAUUAGAAUGGAAAACAUUAAAACGCGAUGGACCAACUAUUAUUCAUAGCACACGUAUUACUGACUAUAUGGAACCGCAGGCAGAGACGUUUAAUUUAUUGGGUGAGAAUGGGAAACAAAGUAUUGCUGCCAAACCGGCCAGGAAAAAAAAUACGUACAAUAAACCAGUAACACAUAUUAUGUCCGAUGUUUACGUAGUUUUGCUAACUGAUGAUAUAUCGUUGAGUUCUAAGGAUGUACCACCAGAAAUGGCUAAAUACAUACACGUGAAUCAAUAUAGACAGAUUUUACCCAUUAUGAAGACAGACUUUUUUAAUACGCGCCCUAAGGAUUUGGUAAAAGUUUCUACAAAUAUGACAAGUUUUACCAUAAAUUAUCAUUAUCAGCCUAUUGGGACUGGAAAGUUGCGCUUCAUGCUUCUUUUUGAACAUUCUAUUGCGAUGAUGCAGAAUAUGGGUAUACCCAAAAAAGAUAUUGAUGAAGUUAAAUCAAUGCUUUCGGGUACUAAUUUGUAUCUGCUGCUCGUCACUGUGUUUGUAGCAAGCGUACAUUUGCUGUUCGAUUUUCUUUCCUUUAAGAAUGACAUAAUAUUUUGGCGUAAGAAAAAGUCUUAUGAAGGUUUGUCUACGCGAACAACAUUAUGGAGAGCUUUUUCCCAAAUUGUCAUAUUUUUUUACUUGAUGGAUGAGAAAACUUCCUUGCUGGUUUUAGUGCCAGUGGGUUUGGGUGUUUUUAUUGAAUUAUGGAAGUGCAAAAAGAUACUUAAAUUGGAAUUUUAUAAUGGAGGAUUACGUAGAAGGUCUUCAGCAGUGGGGCAAAACCCAUCGAAAUCCCUUGGCGCAGCUGAGCAAAAGACUGAAGAGUUUGAUAAGCAGGGCAUGCUAUAUCUUAGCUACUUACUUUAUCCUCUAUGCAUAGCCGGUGCUGUUUACUCAUUACUAUAUAAAUCACAUCGCAGUUGGUAUUCAUGGACUUUGAAUUCUUUGGUAAACGGUGUUUAUGCCUUUGGUUUUCUCUUCAUGUUGCCGCAAUUGUUUGUCAAUUACAAAUUGAAGUCAGUGGCCGCUUUACCCUGGCGUUCGUUUAUGUACAAGGCAUUCAAUACAUUUAUAGAUGAUUUCUUUGCUAUCAUAAUUACAAUGCCAACGGCUCAUCGUGUGGCAUGUCUACGUGAUGAUAUUGUCUUUCUUAUUUAUUUGUAUCAACGUUGGUUGUAUCCGGUCGAUAAAAAUCGCGUCGAUUCCGGCCUAAGUAUAACGGAAUCUAUAGAUGAUACAGAGACCGAGCGAGUAGAGAAUAUUGAAACUGAUACAGAUAUGGAAAAGAAAACUAAGUAAUUUUGAAUUUCUAAUUAGUAUACAGUUGGAGAAACGUUGGCAUACAUUUUGGUCCGCAGAGAAAAGGACUUUUUUUUUCCUCACAACAACUACAUUUUCUUCAUACGAAGCGACAAUUACAAUUUAUUGCAUUUACGGUAAUCAAACGGUUUGCAAGCUUUCCGCAUUUACUAUUUGGCUACUGUUUUAUAUAUAUUUAUAGUAUGCCAUAUAAAUGCUCGUCUUAAAAUAGAUUCAUCAUAGAAUUCUAACGCAAAAUACGAAAAUUUACAGAAAUUUUAUUUUGUCUUCCUACAAAAAGCGCAUAGCAAAAGUUUAUCGUACUUACAGGGUUACAAGAAAAAAAAAAAAAACAGGCCAUUUUUAAAAUUUUUAUAUUGUGUAAAAGUGGAAAUGUCGGAACCAUCAAUAUUUAAUAAAGAGUAUUUUAGUUUA